CUGAUGAAAAUUUCUGAAGAUGUCUGACAGAGGGGACAAUUCCACCUCCGUUUUUUGCAAAAUAUGCGGCAUUGCUUAUAUUUUACCAGAGGAUGAUGUCGUGGGUAACCUGCCCCAAUUGCUGUUGUGCGGGCACAUCUUCUGCGCGGCCUGCCUGCGGUCUCUCGAGUUCAAGAACGUCAUUCUUUGUCCCGAUUGCAAGGUCGAGUCCACUCUCCCAGAGGGGGGUGUGGAGGGCCUGCAGGUUGACAGCAGAGUCAUCGGCCUCAUCUACACUGCCAAGAUGAACAAGACGAGGAGCUCUCGGAUUGACCGACAGAGGCUACACAAAGUCAAGCCCUCGUCACCCGUCCAGGAGAACAGCACAGAGGCACCGCUCAUGGCUCCCUCUGCACAGGCGUCUGAUAUUAAGGUUACCGAGGGGGUGAUGGAGGACGCCCUCUUGCAAGCCUCAAAGAACAUGGCCCAGCUGCGGGACAUCCACCAGACUUUGGUGAAGGGGCUGAGUUUGCAGGUGAAGAAGGAAAAGGCUAGACUGCAGAAGGAGUUGGACCAGGUUAUGGACGAGGCUUAUAACAUCCUCCAUCGCAGGAAGGUGGUGCUGUUGUCUGAGCUGACCCACAUGGAGCAGCACUUCCCCUUCAGCAGGCGUGUGCUGGGCAAGGUGGAGGAAAGGAUGAGCUCCCUGGAGACAGCCAUGCAGAGGGCCAAGCAGGUCCAUCAGUUCCCCUCCCUGGAGAGCUACUGCCACCUGGACAGCGUGCUGGAGACCCUGCAGGCUCCAGUAGAUGUUCAGUCCUUUGAAAUGUACUGUCUGUCUCAGGGCUGUGGGUUGAGUUGGGCCCUCCAGCAGGAUGUUCUGAUGCACUGUCUGAAGAUCAGUUCAAGGAAAAUCAGGUUGCUGGACCAUUCCCCUCCAAGCCCCCAGCUGCAGGAGAGGGGCAACCGGAAGCCAUUCAGGCGCAGCCACACCCCCCCAGGGGAGGGCAGGUCUCUUAGCCACAGGGGGCCCAUGCUCUCCCACCAGGAGGAGGAGAGCCUGAGGAUUGGCACGCCUGCCCUGGGCCCCGCCCCCAGCUACGGCCCCGGCCUCGACUCCACCCCGAACGUCAUCAUAGAGGAGAUUAUUGAGGAGGACCACGGAACAGAGAUUGAGGGAGGGCCAGGCGCUGCUCACAGGGCAGGGCGUGAGGAAUCCCCAGUGAUUGGGCCAGUGCUGCCCCAGCCCAGCGAUAGACAUAAGCCCGAGCGGAGGAAGGCGAUCCCAUUGGACGUCAUCCCUGCCAAUCGAGGGAAAGUGCUGCAGGAGUGGGUCGUGGUGACUCAUGUGGAGAACCCAAAUCACUUCUACGUGCGUCACGUGGCUGAGAAGAAGAGCGCUGUGAUGCUGAGCAAGAAGAUCAACUCUGUGAGCUCAGGGGAGCGCUGCCUGUUCACCACCAGGGACCUUCUGAAGACAGGCUCUUUGGUGUUUGUCAAGUGGAAGGAGGAUGCGUGGUGUCGGGCAGUUGUGACAGAGAUGUUCAAGCGUGGUUGCCUGGACGCCGUGACCAGCUGCCCCGCCCCCCAGCUGUCCCGCAUCAGGGUCUACUACCAGGACUAUGGCUUCUCCAAGAACCUGUCCUUGCAGGGGGAUGAGGAGAGCCCCGACUUGUUCAUCCGUGGGCUGAGCAACUGCCUGAGGAAGGUGGACGUGGCCUUCCAGCCCGAGCUGCGCCGCUGGCCCCCCCAGGCCAUCAAGUGCUCUCUGAAGGACAUUGUCCCUGCAGACCAGGUGAAGGGCUGGACGGCGGAGGCCACGGACGAGUUCCGUCGCGUGGCGAGCUCGACGGCGGUGGAGAUGCACGUGUUUGCCCAGGACCAGGACUUCCUGCUGGUGGACCUGAAGAAGGCGCCGACGGGCUGCAGCGCCAGCAACGUGCCCCUCUCCCUCCAGGAGUACCUGGUGUUCCUGGACGUGGCCAAGUUUUACUCUUCCAUGGCUUGGAACGCCAGUACGAUGCCAUGUGGCCGCAAGCCACUGCAGUACUACCCUCCGGUCUACCCCUGCACCCACCUGGAGCUCAACGCCAUGGUGUCCCACAUCAACGACCCCUCCCACUUCUACAUCCAGUUGAUGGACAACAUGGAGUUCUGGCUUCUGACGGCCAAGCUGCAGGAGUUCUACGGGGGAGCGUCCCUGGAGGGCGUCCGGGAGGAGAAGGGUCUGGAACUGUACUGCCCCGACCUGGACCAGGCCUGCGUGGCUCUGUCUGAUGACAAGACGUGGUACCGGGCCACGGUCAUAGGCCAUCCAGGAGGCAGGCAUGUGGAGGUUAGCUUUGUGGACUUCGGCAACAAGAAGGUCCUUUCUGUGAACCACCUGAGGAAGAUGAAGGAUGAGUUCUUCGCCCUUCCAGCCAUGGCCCUCAGGUGCUGCCUGGCAGACGUGCUUCCUCUGGAGCAGCAGCAGGGCUGGAGCGAGGCCAGCACUGAGCGCUUCAUCACUCUGCUCAACCACAAGCUGGUCACCGCUGUAGCCACCAAGGUGGUUCCCAGGAGCAAGGCUCUGCCGGUGCGUCUGUUCCUGAGCAGCAAGUCAGGCAACAGCUGCAUAGCAGACCUGCUGGUCACUGAGGAGCUGGCCCGCUUCAACCAGGGAGUGAGACCCAGUGCCCCCCAGGCCCCCAUGGGAGACGCGGUGGUGUGGGACCCUCCCUUUGAGGCUCUGCUGGGGGAAGGGGAGAGCGAGUCCCCAGAGCGGGCGGGGGACGAGGCCCGGGAGCUGCAGCCCCGGCUGGUGCUGCCGCCCAGCCUGAAGGACCUGCGGGUCAGGGUCACCCACGUGUCCUCCCCCGGGAGCUUCCACGUCCAGCUGGCCUGCAGCGACGGCCAGAUAAAGAGGCUGUACGAGGUGCUGAAGCAGGAGUACGCUCGUUCAGAGCCCAGCGAGGUGGAGUGGCAGGCGGGCAUGUUCUGUGCUGCCUACAUCAACGGGGUGUGGGAGAGAGCCCAGCUGUGCAGCGCUGUACCCUCCAGCAGCAUGGCACAGGUGCUGCGCUGUGACUUUGGGAACAAGGUGAAGCUGCACGUGACUCACCUGAGGCCCCUGCUGCCCCACCUGGAGGGCUCCCUGGCGCUCGAGUGCACCCUCACCAACGUCAGGCCAGCAGGGGGGCGCUCCUCCUGGACAGCCACCGCCUGCGACUUCAUCUCCGAACACCUGACCGGGGUCACGGCCUCCAUUACCAUCCAGGAGAAGACAGAGAAGGGACCUGUGCCCGUGUGUCUGGUCUGCUCCAACCGGGCAGGGCAGGAAGUCAGCAUAGCAGACUUCCUGGUCAGCGAGGGCCUCGCCCUCAAGGAGAGAAAACCAAGCCCCCCUAGUCUCUCUCCCCCCUCCAUGCCCACGCUAGAGGAGCUUCCUGAGGAGACGCAGGGCGACGUGUGCCCCCCCGACCUCUCCUGCUCUCCUCCCGCGGCCCCCAGACCUGCCCCCCGCACCACCCCCGGCCGGGAGAAGAUCCAGACCCAGCUGUACCGGCCGCCCGAGCUGCCCCUCUGUGGACACACCCAGAUGAGCGUGUCUGCAGUGGGGGAGGACGGCAUCGUCUACGCCAUGACGCUCCAGGCUGAGCGCCAGUUUGAGCAGCUCCGCGAGCGUCUGCAGCAGCACAUGAAGACUCUGCCCAGACAGAAGCCCUACACCUGGAAGAGCGUGCUGGGCUGUGCUGUCAUGGGCCCCGACAUGCUCUGGUACAGAGGACAGGUGCUGGAGGUCAUCGGAGGACACGUCAAGGUGCGCUACGUGGACCAGGGUCUGGUGGAGAACAUCCCAGUGUGUCAUGUGUACCCUGCCCUGCUGUGUGACGACGUGCCCCAGUUGUGUGUACCCUGCCAGCUGCACGGAGUCAUCCCGGUGGGGAAGGUGUGGCAGUUGGAUGCCGUGGCUCUUCUGAAGGAGCUGCUCCUUAACCGCUGUGUGGACAUGCAGCUCAUGGACCAGCCUGAGGACCCCCGGGGAUGCCUGAUGGUGCAGGUGUAUCUGCAGGGCUUGACCCUGAGCAGGAUCAUGGUGCAUCACCAGCAUGCCUCCAUGGACCAGCCUGCCUCUGCAGACAUUCAGGAACACGUGGAGCAAAGUUUCCCAGACCUGGACGACUGGGAUAUGGACACAGAGGGCCUGGAAGCCAUGGAGACGGUGCUGGGGGGGUUCUCCAACCCCUCCCUGCCUGAGGAAGGGCAGCGCUUCCGGGUCACGAUCAAGCACCUGCGCACCCCCAACGAGGUGUUCCUGUCCCCUCUGGAACAAGGGGUGCUGAAGGUGGAUGGAGAGACCCUGGAGGAGGCUCUAAACACGGUCAAUGCCCACAGGGAGACCCUGGCCCCUCUCACUGACUUCCCCCUAGAGGCUCCGUGUCUCGUGGCGUACAGUGAUGGCUUGUACUACCGUGCCGAGGUGCUGGGCUUCGCUGGCCUGAACCCCUUGGAGGUCCUGGUCCGUCACGUGGACUACGGCUCAGACGACACCCUGCCCAUCAACAAGCUGCGUCAGAUCCCCCCCCACCUGCUGAUGUUCCCCUGCAAGGCCCUGAAGGUGCGCCUGGCGGGGUUCCAGCCCCCCAGGGUGCGCAGGGAGCUGGAGCGCCUGUCCUACAGUCCCAAGUGGAGCAUGAAGGCAGCGCUGGAGAUGGUCGACCUGCUGCACGGCAACAUCACCGCCUCCGUCACGGCCACUGAGCCAGAGCUGUCAGUGUUCCUGUAUGACGAAAACGGGGCCCUGGUGCACCUUCCCCUUCUGAACAAAGGCCUGGCCGACUACAACUGACAGCAGCUGUGAUCGGCACCAGGGAGACAAGUGAGUUCAAGCAGUAAACCUGCCAAGACUUAACAUGUUACUGGUGGCUGAGGUGGAUAAUACUGUCAGUUGCUAACCUCUCACACUGAAUCCACGCAACUUCACUGCACCAGGGGCUUAUGCUGUACCUCGUAGAUGACAUUCAGCAUCAUGUGAUCCUGUAACCUUUGUGCUCCCAGAGUUCCAGAAUGUUCUUCCACAGAGUUCCACAGUGAGAUUAUUUUCCCUGUGAUUCCAGUGUUUUGUGUUACGCAAACAGUAUUUAAUUUAAGAAGUUUGGU